AUGGCGGACAUCGUGAAGGAGAUCUUGGCACGACCAAUCCAAUUGGCCGACCAUGUCACGAAAGCAGCCGACGAGGCCCAAUCUUUCAAGCAAGAUUGCCAGGAGUUGAAAUCUAAGACAGAAAAACUCGCCACCCUCCUCCGUCAAGCUGCCCGCGCUAGCAACGACCUCUACGAACGACCCACCCGUCGUAUCAUAGAUGACACCGAACAAGUUCUCGAUAAGGCCCUAACUCUAGUCAUAAAAUGUCGCGCCACUGGCAUCAUGAAGAGGAUGUUCACAAUCAUCCCAGCCACCGCCUUCCGCAAGCUCUCUGUCCAGCUUGAAAACUCAAUCGGAGACGUCUCUUGGCUCCUCCGCGUCUCUGCAUCUGCUGAUGACCGAGAUGACGAAUACCUCGGCCUCCCGCCUAUUGCCGCCAACGAACCCAUCUUAUGCCUCAUCUGGGAACAAAUUGCAAUCCUCUACACAGGCUCCUCCGAAGAAAGAUCUGAUGCAGCCGCCUCCCUCGUCUCCCUCGCUAGAGACAACGAUCGGUACGGCCGCCUCAUAAUCGAGGAAGGGGGAGUCCCGCCGCUACUCAAAUUGGCAAAAGAGGGGAAAAUGGAAGGCCAAGAAAACGCUGCCAGAGCAAUAGGGUUGCUGGGCCGGGACCCAGAUAGUGUGGAACAAAUUGUGAAUGCCGGGGUUUGCAAUGUGUUCGCAAAAAUCCUCAAAGAAGGUCACAUGAAGGUCCAGUCAGUUGUAGCUUGGGCCGUGUCGGAAUUAGCUGCACAUCAUCCCAAAUGCCAAGACCAUUUUGCUCAGAACAACAUAAUUCGGUUCUUGGUUAGUCACCUAGCCUUUGAAACUGUUCAAGAACAUAGUAAGUACACGAUUGUGAACAUGAACAAGCAAAACUCUAUUCAUUCAGUUCUUGUAGCUAGCAAUAGCCAUAACUCGCACGAUAGAGAAUCCGAGGAGGAUUUAACAGUCCCAAAAAUCGCCCACCCAAUGAACAAUCAAACCCCAUCUCAAAUGCAAAAUGUGGUCACUAGCACAUUAGUUCAGAACCAACCACCAAAUAACAACAACCAAAAACCGUCAACCACAACACCAUCGUCAUCCUCUUCGAACUUAGUAGGAGCCCAGAAGAAGAGCCCUAGUCCGCGUAAGCCAAAAGGGAAGAAUCACAAUGGCAAACAUCACCACCACCACCAACACCAUCGUGUUCAAUUAUCUGGAACGAGCAUCAAGAAAAGAGAGCAAGAAGAUCCAGCCACAAAAGCCAACAUGAAAGCAAUGGCAGCUCGAGCACUAUGGCAACUAGCACGAGGUAACGUGACGAUAUGUCGUAGCAUAACAGAGUCACGAGCACUACUCUGCUUUGCCAUCUUGCUCGAGAAGGGAGCAGAGGAGGUGCAAUCAUAUUCGGCCAUGGCUUUGAUGGAGAUUACCACGGUAGCAGAGCAGCAUGCAGACUUGAGGCGAUCAGCCUUCAAGCCCACAUCACCAUCUGCUCGAGCCGUGGUGGACCAACUCCUCAAAGUGAUCGAGAUAGCAGAGUCGGACCUAUUGGUCCCAUGCAUACGAGCCAUAGGGAACCUAGCCAGGACUUUUCGUGCCACCGAGACGAGGAUGGUGGGGCCAUUGGUGAAGCUAUUGGAUGAGAGAGAGCCCGAGGUGAUGGUGGAGGCAACUGUGGCAUUGAACAAGUUCGCAUCCACAGAGAAUUUCUUGUGUGUAAACCAUUCCAAGGCUAUUAUCGCCGCGGGAGGGACAAAGCAUUUGAUUCAGUUGGUUUACUUUGGGGAGCAGAUGAUUCAAAUCCCUUCCUUGAUCAUGUUGUGUUACAUUACAAUGAAUUGUCCAGAUAGCGAGGUGUUGGCGAAUGAAGAGGUGCUUAUCGUGCUCGAAUGGUCAAUGAAGCAAGGGCAUUUAGUGGAAAAUGUGACAAUUCAAGGGUUAUUGCCAGAAGCAAAGAGUAGGUUGGAGUUGUAUCAAUCCAGAGGGUCAAGAGGGUUUCAUUGA